CAUAUCUACCAUCUCCAGUAUCCUUCACUCCGGUGCAUCGGGAUAGUUAUGACCCAACCCAUCGUUGACGAAGACCCGUCAGCGGCAUCGGACGCGGUGUCGCUGCACACUAUCGCCGAGCAAGCCGACGCAUACGCUCCACAGGAGCAGGAAGACGCUGACUUUGCCCUCGCCCUUGCGCUCGAGGAAGAGGAGUCAGCUAGGUUCGCCCGUACACGAACAAACAUCAACCCUCACAAUGAUGAGCGUAUCGAAUCUCCGGCUGGACCAGAGACAGAGGGAUUCUUACCUUAUCACGAUGAUCCUGAAACUACCGAUGACAUAGAUCCUCCCCCGUAUCGUGACGACCCUGACGCUGAGCCGAUUGAAGGGGAAUCAUCCACUGAUACAGAAGCCGCGGCUGUGCUUCCUCAGCGACAGAGCGCCUUUCUGCGGAUACUCAGAAAAAUUGCAAAAGCAUGGCUCUGUUAUCUCAUGUGCUCCACCGUAUUCACCAUCGUCAUAGUUGUCGUCGUCUUGGUCUUCGCAUUCUUUCACGGCAAAGCAAGUACCAGCCAGGGCGAUCCCAAGGAAGCCGCCUGGUCCGCCUCUGGCUCCCAAGAUUACGACCUGAAUCUUCCAAAGUUGUUUCCCAGUCUAGCAGAGAGCACUUCAGACACAUGCAAGAAGACGUGGGAAGACUUUGCGUCUGGCCUUUCGUGUCAUCGUAUGAUCCUCUCCUCGGCAUGGGACAACGGAAAUGUUACAGAGGUGGAAGCAGCAGGUGCAGACCCUGUUUACUACAAAGAUGCUGUUUGCACGCGGGCGUGCAAAAAAGCGCUCACCAACCUGGACUUACCUAUGCUCAACACAUGUGCGGAUCGAACCAACCACUUCGACUUUGAGCAGUAUGGAAAAGACGGAAAAUCAUACUUUGAGAAAUACAGCAUUGAAGAAGGCCCCGCAGGCGUAUCCAAGAGCUUGUGGGAGCGUUACGACCGCUUGUGCAGCGGACCACCGAAAAGAUAUAUAGGAAGACAGCCGCCGAGUUGCGCAGAAGAUUUAUGGAUGACGUGGGGUAUCGUCGAAGGUAGAAAUGAGGCAAACCUCAACGGCCUGGAUACGUUCCUCGAGCAGACAUCCGUGAAGAAAACAAUACCCUCGGCUCGACAAGUAGUUACGAAAUUGCGCCCGUCGGGUAUGAACGAAACAGUGGCACGCACGCUGAACAGUCGUCGCGUCGGUCCCGGGUAUGGGGAGACCGAGUGCAACACCUGUGUCAAAGACUGGCUCACGAGAAAAGCACUAAGCUUCAGAUACGGCGAGAUGCUGGAGCCUGGAACCAGGACUCCGCUCGGGCUCGCUGACUUCGCGGAUAAAAUGAAGAAUGCGUCUCAGCGAUGCUACGCUUUCCCGCAAGAGCAGAACCGUGUCUGGUCGGCUAUGGGGUGGUGGUGCGACGGAAAGCCAUGUCGCAAGGACGAUGACUCGAUACCCUGGGUUGUUGUCAACAUACUGCACGGCUACGAGAAGCAGUAUAUCGACCCCCCUCCGCCCCAAUUCGAUGUGCACAAUAUUCCUGGGAACAAGAAACAAGCCGUACAUACGCUGCUCGACGCCGUGCAAGACAUGCGUUGCGGCGCCCUGGGCAUCACGUCCGACGACUUGACGAACCCUUUUGUAACAUCGGCACCUGUGCUUUCACGUCUCUGUACUCCACGCUGUCUCAACGCGGUCGACCGCAUCGCCGCCCUCGUCGAAGAUGCAAAGUACGAUGGAUCCCCCUUCGAGGUCAUCUCCGACUCCAUCACGAGCGUCCAUGCUCUCUGCAAAUCGUCCUCUCCUAUAUCUUUCGCUACCACUUCAGACACCAUCUGCGCAGCAGGCUACGCAGCUUUGAAUAUGACAUCGCUCAUCGCAUCCCCCACUUCGCUGUCUCCCUCGAACCCUCCUUUCCCUCGUGCUUCUAUCCUCUCCACUUUCCGCACCGCCCUCGCAUCCAUCCAAGAAUGGAACGACGGUGAUCACUCUGCGGCAUUGCGUUCCCACAAGUCUCUUCAAAAGCUUCGUAUAGCGGAGAGUGUUUGCAACACUUGUGCAGGUGAGAUGUUCAUCGGUCAAGAAGGCAAGUGGAAGGACACAGUCAACGCUUUCCUAUCGGAUCCGGAAGUCAAUGGGACCGAGUAUGUGAGGACGGCAAGAGAGGGAUGGGUGCAGUGCGGAAAGAUGUUUGGAAUGAGGCUGUCCUGGGGACAGAAAAGGAGACUGUUUGAGCAAGUGGGUCUGGGGGAUGGCGUCGCUGGGUUGUCGGCUUGA